UCCAAGCUGUCUGUCUUUUUACUAUAAACAGGACACCGACAACUGUAUGAUGUAUCCCAAAGCUGCUGACAAAGAUUGUACGGGUUUCGAGGAUAAGGCUGUCGCUGCGAAUGCAGGAUAUUUUGAACUUCAGAAGAAAUGUAGCGGCUCAAGUUGUAGCUGUGCUGAGACUUUCCGAGGAAAAGAAUGCAAUAUCAAUGCUGUUGACGCUGCGUCCUUCCUGCCUAUGGAAGAGGUCAAGGAUGGCAAGCUUGUUGGUCAUGGGUUCACACCCACAGUGAAGAAUGCUGUACCGCCAGAUACUGUUCCAAGAUUUGUCUCAGGAAAAGUCGGCAAGGCAGUCCAUAUAAAGCAUCCAAUCUUCUUUGAUUUCGGAGACCACCGCAGCCGAUGUUUCGGUAAUCCUGAUAAAUGCAAUAAUGGUUUUACUGCGGCUAUGUGGGUGUACAUCCUUAGUGCGACCGAUAAUGAAGGGUAUAUCAUAUCGAGCGGUGGCCAGACAUACCAAAGUAACGUUGGGGUGGCAGUGUUGCAUGUCAAGGCAGGAUACGUACUAUAUGAAGUGAGAACGACUUCUCACAAAUAUACCGGGAAGGUCAACAUUGGGCUACUGGAGUGGUAUCACCUGGCAUUCACCUGGAGUGUUCAGGAUGGUCUAGAGAUCUAUAUGAAUGGGAAACGUGUAGUUAAAAACACGACAGUAACGACCAAGACGUUGGUUCCAGACCUUCAUACUACUUUCAGCAUCGGGAAUGCGAACAACAACCUAUUUGGCUUCAGCAAAUUUUUUGGAAAAUGUUACAUGGAUGAUCUUAUUGUCUGGGAAAAACGUUUGACGGCUCAGUCUAUUUCGGAGCUUUAUUACACACCUAACUACGGAACAACAGGACCAUGAUCGCCGGAUACAGACACACUGGCAAAGUGUAUGUGCGCCGUGCAUUUAGGAAAAGCUUAGUCAGGGGUGUAUAGCCAGCUUUUUGGUGCUGGGGAAGGUAGACUCGCUGGGCAGUCCAUUGCGUCAUCCUAAUUGGGUCUCCUUAUAAGGAACAAGGCCGGUCCACUGCGUCCGGAGUGUACCGGGGAAGGGGGCAAAAUGACACUUUUUGAAAAGAAGUAAAAAAUACAAGAUAUUUACGUGAGCCAAUCUGGUGUCAGUCAAGGUUGGCAAACCUGCGAUUACUGCAUUAAACGACAACAUAUUGUGUCGAUCACGAGUGUAUCAUCCCAUGCUGGCAUUUUUGUGAUUGGUCCUUUCCGAUGAUCUGAUGACACUUUUGACUCCCGAAGGGUAACAUAUGGGCCACAAACUAGGAAACGUGGCUUUUUCUCUUCGACCAUCCUAGGCAAUGGACGCAUAUCAGGGACGCGGUUAAUUUCUACGGUAAUCCAUAAUUUCCGAUUAUUCCUCAGGUAUGUGAGGCUGAAGGCUAAAUUGUUGAGAGCCAGGCAUGAAAAUCAUGUUCCCGUUCCUGAUAUGGCCUCAUAGCCAAGGUUGGUCAUAUCCCGUCUGCGCUUCUAUCCACUAAUUAGGCCUAUUGGGUUGUUCUAUAUUCUAUCAAGUUAAUCCCCCUCUCUGUAAAAUUAUCCCAACAAAAUCAUGAAACAUAUAUCGAGUAUUUUAGUUGAUUCUUUCGGUAUCUCUCUGCUGAGCGACCGCAGUCCCUCUUGCAUCGAAAUUGUGAGUCAAGAUCUCACCUCUGGGUAUAGGCAAACUUGCGUUAAACUGGGUAUCGGCUGAUGGUUUUAUUC